UUGCAAGUACGGUCACACUGCGCCAAGACAUCGUAUAUAAUUAAUUAUUUUAUUGUUUUGGCCACCUGCAAGUUCCUAAAAGUGUUUGUUUUGCAAUAAAGCCCUAGGGACAUAGGGACAAAGGCCGCACCCUUCAAAUAAGCAGAGUUUGAGACCAGGAUUAGUCAUCGGUUAACCACUGCACUAAUUGAUUAGCGGAGGAGCCACCUUGUUGUCCACUGGUGAUAGCCUGGCAAAAUGGGCAAUAAACAGAUUAAACAGCACUUGGAGACGGCCCAAAAGACGGGCAUUCUGAAGAUCUCCUUGCAGCGCCUUCAGGAGUUCCCGCCGCAGCUGAAAGCCUACCCGAAUGUCCUGAAAACCCUCGAUCUUUCCGAGAAUCGCUUCGAGCGAGUGCCCGACGAACUGGGCAAAUUGACGCUGCUGAAACACCUAAAUCUCAGUGGCAAUCGACUGGUGGAACUGAACGAAGUGGUGGGCGAACUGGCCAAACUGGAGGUGCUCCUGCUGAUGGACAAUCUGCUCACUAAGCUACCAAAAACACUGGCGAACUGCAGCCACCUGAAGACGGUGAACCUGAGCAAUAACCAGCUGAAGGAGUUCCCCACCAUGUUGUGUGGCCUCAAGCAGCUGGAUGUCCUGGAUCUGUCGAGGAACAGGAUCACCGAGGUGCCCUCCGAGGUGGGUGGUCUCUAUGUGACCGAACUGAACCUCAAUCAGAACCAAAUAUCCUCGCUGGCGGAGGACGUGGCCAAUUGUCCCAAACUGAAGACCCUGCGGCUCGAGGAGAACUGCCUGCAGGCGGUGGCCUUCACACCACGGAUCCUGAAGGACUCGAAGAUCUGCAACCUGGCCGUCGAUGGCAACCUGUUCAACUCCAAGCAGUUCACCGAUCUCGAUGGCUACGAUGUCUACAUGGAGCGCUACACGGCGGUCAGAAAGAAGAUGUUCUAGAUGAUCCGCCCCUCGGUUGUCCAAUUUUCCAAUUGCCUCUUUAUUUUUUUUUUGUGUGUGUGUCCCCCCAGUCUUUAUAUAUCGGUGUAAACUAAUUUAAUAGCUUAAUUCUAUAUGCCUACAGUGUAAAUCGUUAUGAAUAAAACGAAAAAGACAACUA